AGACUCUGUUAUUGUUUCGUUUAUCAACUGUGCCACGAGUGUCCUCGGAGGGUUUGUCAUCUUCUCAGUGCUUGGGUACAUGGCACACCAAACUAACCAAGCCGUCGCAGAUGUCGCCGACAGUGGUCCCGGUCUCGCUUUUGUCGCAUAUCCAGAAGGAAUCGCGAGACUUCCGGUUUCAUCCCUUUGGGCCUUCCUCUUCUUUUUCAUGAUUCUUAUACUUGGACUGGACAGUCAGAUGGUAAUGAUGGAAACAGUUAUCAGCGGAAUAACAGAUGUAUUUCCCCAGGUUCUCCGAAGGAAGAAAGCAUUGUUCACGUUUGUUUGUUGUAUGAUCGGGUUUGUACUCGGUAUACCUAUGACUUGCAAGGGCGGAAUAUUUGUGCUGACAUUAUUUGACUGGUAUGCAGGCUCGUAUAACCUGAUGAUCGUAUGUCUGUGUGAACUCAUUGCUGUCGUAUGGAUUUAUGGUAUAAAAAAUUUCAUGCGAGACGUUGAGAUGAUGAUUGGAAAGAAACCAGCAAUAUUCUGGGCUUACUACUUGCCAAUGUGGGUUAUUAUUACUCCUGUAGCUGUACUGUUUAUUGUUAUUAUGUCGGCUAUUAACUACACACCUGUGUAUUACUACACCGACCAACCUUUUCCAUCAUGGGCUCAAGCUGUUGGCUGGAUCCUCGCAUGUCUUCCUCUUUUGUGGAUAAUAAUAGGAGCCAUUGUCGUACUUGUCAAAAACAACUUUAAUAUACGCGAGGCAGUGAGACCGAGGCCUGACUGGGGACCAAGAUUAAAGGAAAACCGAACUGGAAGAUAUUAUGGAGACAGCUAUGGUUACGAAUCGGACGAGAUGGCUGGGAUAGUUCCAAAUGUGUAUGUCGUAGAAACGAACAUACAUUCGCCGGAAAAUGGUUACAAACUUUAGAUGAAAUGUAGAUCAGUGAAAUGUGUAUCUACUAUAGUUUUCCCAUUGUAAUGUUUUAAUUAUAUGUAUAGAUCUAACCCGUAAUAACCGUAAAAGUUAAAUGGUAAACUAUUGGACACUUUGUGUGUGUUUUAUUAUGUCGUAAACUGUUUUCGCUUGGCAUGCGUUUGAUAUUCUAUUCAUAGAAAUGAAAAACAUGUAUUUAUUCUUGGUAGAGCUAUUAAGUAAAGUAAUUGUGUAAAGAGUGUGUUGCACGAGAUUUUCGUGAAUCAACUAAGCGUGUCAGAUUUUUAUGUAUCAAAUCACUCGAGGUAAUUGCAUUGCUUUAUUCGCAUGUUUAUUUUUCCAUCCCAUCCCUCUAACCCUUACGUAAUAGUUACCGUACGAGGAAUAGGUCUGCAUAGUAUUUACAGACCCGGAUGGCGAUUUGAAGACCGAGAGAGCGUAGCGAUCGAGGUUUUUAAAAGGCCACCGGGUCUGUAAAUACUAUGCAGACCUAUUCCGAGUGCGGUAACUAUCUUACCUACAUGCUCUUUUGUUUUUCUAUCCAUACAUCAGUAUUUAUUAAUAUUACUCACAAGAAACAUAUUACUUAUGUACUUUAUCAUGUUUAAGAAAACAUUCCAAAGCAAAGCAAAGAUACCAUCCGCUACGCUCUUGUAAUUUGUUCGUUCACAAAUCAUGUGUUAUUUGAAUAUUCUCGUGAUUUUCGUGGGGUUUCAUUAAGUAAUAAGGUCAGGUAAUGUACUUGUUGAGUUGAGUCACAGAAAAUGAGUCGAGUAGGGAAAGGUAAGGUCAUUAUUUUGAUAUUGUCAAUAUAUGAAUACAUAACAUUUUAAUAAUAUAAACAAACACUGAGGAAGAUAAAAAUGUUUUCUAAUCAUAAAAACGGAACACUUUAUCUUUAUAUACAGGGCUGGGAAUCAAAACUGCGUCGUAUCCUACAAAAUGUAAACAAACGCCGCCAUCUUGGAACGAAAAACGUAUGUUUAUGUUUAUAACUCUUUUUGUUGGAAAUGACUGAAAAACAGAUACAUGUAUUAACACGCUACACUAUUUUCCGCUUCGUUCGGUAUAUGUUGCUUGCACAACUAUUUUGUAAAACAAAAGUUAUAGCGAACUUGCAACUCGAAGCGGAGCAGAAUUUUUGUGAAAAUGUGUGGAUACGACGCAGUUCAUAUUGCUUUAUACAUUGUUUUUUCCUUCAAAUAAAUUAUAUACUCAUUUCAGAGUUUACCAUUAACUUUGAAAUAUGAUUUUGCAUCAUUUACUAAAAUUUCAUAAGAAAGAGAUAUUUAUUUUCUAAGAAAAUAAUGAUUUUUACGAAAUGAUACGACGCAGUUGAAAAUAAAAUAUGAUACGAC